UUAUCCUUUUGGAUUUUUUUUAAUUUGGGCAUUUUGCUGUUUCAAUUUAGAUUCAGGAGUUUUGAAUGUGGCUCUCUGUUUUCUUUAAUCUUUAAAGAUAUGUUUGGUAUUUCGUAAAUUACUUUUUCUUUUUGGCCUUGAGCCUUGGGUGAGAAUUGGGUGGGGGAGAAAAGUAGAUUCUAGAGCAAAAUUCCCUUGUAACAGCAAAAUUGACUUUUUUUAAAAAAAAAAUUACUUUUUUGAAUAAAAUGGACGAGGAAGGUGGGUUAAAUGAUUGGUUAUGGACUUAUCUUAGUUUGUUUUUAUGGUGGGCUGAGUCUUAGUGCUUGUUAGUCAUUAGUGAUUAGUUUAUACUUUCUUCUUCUUCUUCUCCUAUGCCAUACUGUCAUUACUUUGGUCAACCCCUCUUUGUAUCUUCAUCUUCUGUAUACAACAUUCAUGCUGCCAACUCUCCUCAGUGCCACCAGCGGCCCAUUUUGAGCACAAUUAAAGCAUUUCAAGUCCGUCGCACAAGAUGUCAACCAUGGAGAAUCCAACAAACAUUGUGUGGCAUAAAAGCCCAGUGGAGAAACUUGAUAGGCAACAUUUACUUCAGCAGAAAGGCUGUGUCAUAUGGAUUACUGGUCUUAGUGGUUCAGUUAUACUUGCAUAGCAGUAAUCAUGCUGCUGGUAUAACCCUUCUGGAAUUAUACAUCUCAAUAACCAGAAAGCAAGGUGAUGAUACCUACAUGAAAGGAAAAAGCACUGUGGCAUGUGCUUUGAGUCAAGGCUUGCACAUGAGAGGAAAGCUGACCUACAUCCUUGAUGGUGACAAUGUUCGGCAUGGUCUAAAUCGUGAUCUUAGUUUCAAAGCAGAAGAUCGUGCAGAGAACAUACGAAGAAUUGCUGAGGUAGCUAGGCUCUUUGCGGAUGCUGGCAUCAUUUGUAUUGCUAGUUUAAUAUCUCCAUACAGAAAGGACCGAGAUGUCUGCCGUGCAUUAUUUCCUGAAGGGGAUUUUAUUGAGGUGUUCAUGGACGUGCCACUCCAUGUGUGUGAGAAUAGGGACCCGAAGGGCCUUUACAAGCUUGCCCGAGCUGGAAAAAUCAAAGGUUUUACAGGGGUUGAUGAUCCAUAUGAGCCACCAUUAAAUUGUGAGAUAGUAUUGCAGCAGAAAGGUAGGGACUGUGUCCCCCCAGGUGAGAUGGCCGAAACCGUGAUAUCGUACUUGGAGGAGAAGGGGUAUUUGCAGGCGUAAUAGAAGACAAGGGCUUCCAGUUCUUCGGCGCCAGGGCUGCUUCUACCUUAUCAUAACAUCCUGCAAAAAACCCUUUAGUUUUUCCAGUCAAAAAAUAAAACUAAAGAGUUUCUCCUUCCUUGCGGUUAGGAAAUUGCUCGUUUCCUGCGUACUCCAGUUCCAUCCAUCAAAUUAAUUAAUCGAUUGAUUAAUCAAUUUUAUUUGGUUCGAAAGCUGCCUUGUGCAAUGUGGCUUUCGAGACCAUCCAGACUGCAAUAAAGCAGUGGAACUUGGGAAGGAGUUCAUGUAUUCAUUUGUGUAAUUGUGUAAUGAGAUUUAACAUGUAGAAUAAUUUUUGCAUAGCUGCUGCACUGCUUGCCUGUA